UCUCACACGUGGUCUUGAGUGUGCAUGCUAAUACAGCGCAGCUAGCGAUGGCAGCAUAGGCUACACUCGAUAUUGAGACAUUACGAGAUGACUUCUUCCAAUUCUGCGCACCAUAGCAAUGGAAAGGCAGAAAUAUAUAUCAGCAAGGAAACAGAUCCCUUAGAGUCUAAAAAUGGCGGUGCGGUGGCAACGGAGGUCAAGAUCAAAGAUGAAGGUCAUACUGAUGUGGAGGCCCUCGACGGGGGCUACGCAUGGGUGAUCGUCUUCGCCUCAUUUUGGAUCCAGUUUCUGAUCUCAUUACCGAUGGUAUAUGGCGUACUGUACGUCGAACUGUUGGAGGCGUUCGAGAGCAGCAACGCGGAUACUGCCUGGCCUGGUUCGAUUGCAACUGGCCUUGCCCUCGGUCUUGGACCCCUGGCGAGUGUCUUAUGUAAUAAGUUUGGCCACCGUGCGACGUGUAUAGCGGGAGGAGUCUUCACAGCUGUCGGCGUAUUCUCCAGUGCCUUCGUCAACAAUAUCUACUUGCUCAACCUGACGUAUGGUGUUCUAGCAGGUACAGGAAUGGCCAUGGCCUACGUUCCCGGUGUGGUCAUGGUAGGAUUUUACUUCGACAAGAAGAAGGGUCUUGCGAACGGGCUGGCAGUCACAGGUGUUGGUGUGGCCGGCAUUGUGAUCCCGUCUCUUAUGACAUAUCUCAUCAAUGUUCUCGGGUGGAGAGGCUGUCUCAUAAUCAUGGGGGGUAUUGCAUUGAACAUUUGUGUGAUGGGUGCGCUCCUCCGGCCGCUUCCGAAGCGAUUCAUCACAGCGGGAGCAGAGCAAGAGGAUAAAAUCUGUGAGAUCUCGUUGCUGAAAGACUGGCGACUCCUGGUGUUCAUUUUGGUUGACUUUUUAUGGAAUAUUGGGGGUGUGACUUGGGUCACCCUGGUCGUGGACCACGCUAUAGUCGAAGGAUUUGGGAAGGAAGAAUCCGCUCUGUUGGCCACGGUCGAUGGGAUCGGAGGGGUACUUGGGAAACUUACCAUAGCAUUUCUCUCAAAACAUCUGUGCUGUAAUCGUCUGUUGAUCUUCGCCACAGCAAUAUUUUUUUCAGGUGUACCCUCGUUUCUGGUCUCAAUAGACACCUCCUAUGCCGCCUUGGUGUGUUACUGUGCACUUUACGGGUUUUCUUUUGGUGUUCAGUUAGGAUUACUACCUGUGAUAAUUCUCGAACUGUUCGGAUUACGUCGACUGACCAGCGCGUUCGGCUACGCGAUGGUGGGUGAUGGUAUUGGCGCUCUCAUUGGACCACCAAUUGGAGGUUUUGUCUUCGAUGUAACCAAGUCGUAUACCUUGUCCUUCGUAUUCGGCGGUCUGACGUGCGUGGCGUCAGCAGGUCUUGUGAUGGUUCUGUUCAUCUCAGUCAAGUGUAGAAAAACUCCCGUGGUGGUAGAUGAGAUUGUGUUGGAACAGGAGGAAGAGGCAAAGGAUCUGGUUACAUGAAGCUACGACGUGAAGUGGCAGUGUCCUGGGUCCGGUCGUUGGCGUCUGGGUCCGUGGUACCUUGGACACCAAUGUUUUCUGUCCCCUCAUUUUGUAAUAUUCGGAAUGAGCUGAUAUGAAACACUGGUUAGUCAGGAUUACAGUUUUUUAAAGGUGGUUCGUCCCUUGGAUCUGGUUGGUGAAUUCUGGGCAGAGUUGGUAGUACGGGUAGCAGUCGAGGAUAUCUCCUCACAGAACAUUGACUUUGUGAUUCCUAUUUUACGAUGACUUUCAGCAGAGAGAAUAACUUUUGUGAAUAAAAUUCCUUUUAACGAAUGCGUUUUAGCAAUAACGAAUUUUGAAAAGGUUUUAAAAAGUACAUGUACCAAUGGAAUGACUUAAAUGACUCUUUUUAAAAUGGCUGGAGACCUGAAAACAUCUUUAGCCAAUUGUUUGGAUUUCAUCGUAUUUUUGUGUUGUCACUGUCGAACUUCAAAGCGGGACAAUAGGCAGGAGUCAGGUCGCCUUGGUUACAUAACACGAAGUCGCUGAUUGGCGUCUACUACAAGUAUCACUCUUUUACCACGAGGGUCGCUUAGUCACACUAGACCCUACAGUUCCCUUGAUAUGUAUAUUGGUCACCUGACGACAACCUUUACCUAUAACUAUUUCCUGUUGUCCCCUUAAUGAAAUUCCGUGUAAUAAGGCCAUUACUUAUUGAGGAGACAAUCUUCAUAUUCUUAUUUACAUGCACAUACUUGCAAUAUUAUCUCUACAAUUUUAAAGGCUUCAGGGUCACUUUAUGUAUGGUACCGACAUGAUUAAACCUGCUUGC